AACUUGUUGCUCUAUGGAAUCUACCCCAAUGUCGCCAGUCAGAAUUGUCGGCGCCAGCUACGUCGGCGUGCCGGCGACGGCCGAGCUGCCGCCGGAGCCCAUCAAGCUCACCGCGAUGGAGGCGCUGUGGGUCGUCAUCCGGAUGCUGCAGCACGUCCUGCUCUACCACGACGCCGACAUGCCGCCCUUCGACGACAUUCUCCACUCCCUCAAGUCCUCCCUCGCCACCACUCUGGGCAGCUUCGCGCCGCUCGCCGGCAGGCUCGUCCACCUCAAGGACACCGGCGACGUCGGCAUCAGCUGCUCCCGUUCCGACGGCGUCAGGUUCGUCGUCGCCGAGUCCGACGCCGACAUCCGCCGCCUCGCCGGCGACGAGGAGCACGACGUGCGCGUUCUCGAGGGGCUCGUGCCGGCGGUCGACAUGAGCGAGCUGCCCACCGCCGUGCUCGCCGUGCAGGCCACGCGAUUCCAGGGCGGCUUCGCUGUCGGACUCACCGUGCACCACGGCGUGGCUGACGGGCGGUCGCUCUGGACCUUCGUGGAGGCGUGGGCGUCUGCGUGCCGUGGCCAGAUACCGGCCGCGACGCCGACUUUCGACCGCUCCCUCAUCAAGCUGCCUGGCGGCGAAGAGCUAGCCAGCAGCAUCUUGCAAAAGAUCGCGCCAAAUUUGCCUUCGGCGGCACUGGCAUCGCCCAUCGGAGAAGACAUCGCGCGGUUCACCCGCCGGACGUUCACCUUGGACGCGCACGACAUCCAGCGCCUCAAGCAGCGCAUCGUCGACCUCGGCGAAGCCCACGGCACGCCCCUGCCUCGUUCCCCAUCCGCCUUCGCCGCCAUUGUCGCGCUGGCCUGGACGUGCUUCGCCCGCUGCACACUACUGUACGGUCCAUAUUUAGGGGCACUUCAAAGUGCCCCAAUAGGUAGCCAAAGUGCCCUAAUUACUUUUAGGGGCACUAUAAAAAGUGCCCCGGAUGCUUGUGUCCCUAAAUGUAUUUGGGGCACUUUGAAUGAAAUGCCCCAAAUACAUUUAGGGGCAGUUUGAAAAGUGCCUCUAAAGGUUUUUAGGGGCAGUUUGAAAAGUGCCUCUAAAGGUUUUUAGGGGCACUUUUAGAUUUGCCUCUAAAGGUUUUUAGGGGCACUUUUAGAUUUGCCUCUAAAGGUUUUUAGGGGCACUUUGAAAAGUGCCUCUAAAGGUUUUUAGGGGCACUUUUAGAUUUGCCUCUAAAGGUUUUUAGGGGCAGUUUGAAAAGUGCCUCUAAAGGUUUUUAGGGGCACUUUUAGAUUUGCCUCUAAAGGUUUUUAGGGGCACUUUUAGAUUUGCCUCUAAAGGUUUUUAGGGGCACUUUUAGAUUUGCCUCUAAAGAUUUUUAGGGGCAGUUCGAGAUUUGCCUCUAAAGGUUUUUAGGGGCACUUAGUGUUUUGCCUCUAAAUGUUUUUAGAGGCAGUUUGAGAUUUGCCUCUAAAGGUUUUCAGGGGCACAUUGAAAUUUGCCUCUAAAUGUCUUUAGAGGCAGUUUGAGAUGUGCCUCUAAAUAUCUUUACAAGCUAGUAAA